AUGGCGAGAUCACUAGACAUUUUCCUUUUUUUGCUAUGUUUGGCAAUCAUGACUCCUACAUUGAAUGCCAAUAUAUUAGAGAGUGAUGAGUAUUGGAAAGAACAACGGCCUGAGUUUGAUUCAUAUUGGCAAGAAAGGGCUCAAAUUGCAAAACAAGAUAAUCAUGCAGCUUAUUUUUCUGAUCCUUUCGCAGUUUCUGGCAAUUUUACUGCUUCUAUUUCCGAAAUCAUAGCUGCAAAGAGCACAAGAAGGAACUUGAGGGGAGAAAAAGGAGGCAAAUGUUUGGCCACAAACCCGAUUGACAGAUGUUGGAGGUGCGACCCAAAUUGGGCUAACAAUCGCCAGAAACUUGCAGACUGUGUCCAAGGAUUCGGCAGAAACACUCGUGGAGGUAAAGGCGGUCCAUUCUAUGUUGUCACUGAUCCUUCCGACAACGAAUUGUUGGACCCAAAACCUGGCACUCUCCGUCACGCAGUUACUCGUAAAGGUCCCCUUUGGAUCACAUUUGCUCGCAGCAUGUUGAUCAUACUCCAACAAGAGCUUAUUAUGGAAAGCAACAAGACCAUUGAUGGUAGAGGAGUUGAUGUUUACAUUGCCAAUGGAGCCGGAAUCACCAUUCAAUUUAUUAAGAAUGUUAUCAUCCAUGGAAUAAAGAUUUACAACAUUCAAGUCCGUGAAGGUGGCAUGAUUAUAGAUUCUGAGAGCCAUUUUGGUUUAAGGACUAGGAGUGAUGGUGAUGGUAUUUCCAUAUUUGGUUCUAGUAAUAUUUGGAUCGAUCAUGUUUCGAUGAGAAAUUGUACUGAUGGUUUGAUUGACGCUAUCAUGGGUUCAACUGCUAUUACCAUAUCUAACAGCCAUUUCACCGACCACAACGAGGUGAUGCUUUUCGGUGCUAGUGACUCAUAUACCGAAGACAAAAUAAUGCAAAUCACAUUGGCAUUCAACCACUUUGGAAAGAGAUUAGUACAAAGAAUGCCAAGAGCAAGAUUUGGUUUUGUCCAUUGUGUUAACAAUGACUACACUCAUUGGGAAAUGUACGCCAUUGGUGGCAGCAUGAAUCCUACUCUUAUUAGUGAAGGUAACAGAUUCAUUGGCCCUGAAAACAAAUUCAUAGGCAAUAACCAAAUCAAUGCUAAAGAGGUAACAAAGAGAGAAUAUACAGAGGAAAAAAUAUGGACAAACUGGCAAUGGAGAUCCAUCAACGACGAGUUUUUAAACGGGGCAUUCUUUGUAAACUCCGGACCAGAGCUAAAGAACAGACCAUUUUCAAGGAAAGACAUGAUCAAAGCUAAACCAGGAAGUUAUGUUGGAAGACUUACAAGGUAUUCUGGAAUCCUAGGAUGUCGUGUUGGCCAACCUUGUUAG